CAAUUUGUUAAACACACAAGAGUUCACGCCCCACUACUAGUAAUAUUUUUAAUGUUUUGGUUAUGUGACUAUGUUGUUUAAAGUGUAUCUGAAUUUCUUGUUCAUAAGUGUUAAAGGGUAAUAUGUUUGUUGCGCUUUAUAAGCGCCGAUAUUAUUUAAAAAAUUAAGGAUGGAACGAAAUGGCGCAAGAGAAAUGGAAGAACGAAUGUGUAUAAGGGAUACUGGGAAGACACUGAAAAAAUAUGGUAGUACAGCUAAACAUGUUACAAGAAAUGAAUAUUUAUUAAAACACACUGUAUCAAAAACUGAUACCCUCCAGGGAAUUGCCCUAAAAUAUGGAGUUACAACUGAACAAAUAAGACGAGUUAACAGAUUAUGGGCUUCUGAUAGUUUAUUUUUACGGGAACAUUUGCUUAUUCCUAUUAAUCCAGAAAGCCCAUUGUCACUGGAUAAUACUGAAGAAAUUGAACAUAAUGUAGUUCAAAAUGUUUCUAGUCCAUCUUCAGUAACAUCAUCUAUAGAUGAUGAUAGUUCAUUUAAUGACUUUUUAGCUAAAAUGGAUUCUUCUAUAGCCAAUGCUAAAAGAGAAGUUAAACGUACUCAGGGGAAUAGUGAAUUUUGCACUGAGGAUAAUGAUAUCUAUGUACAGUCACAUAGAACACCUAAAUUACGUAAUUCACUUCCUAUAACUUCAAAUACACAUAUAAUACCAUCUGCUUCAGAAACAUUAAGACCAUCAUCUUCUAGUGAUAUGCAUAACUUUCCAACUGCUGUAGUUAUGACUCAGGGCAGAAAAGUGAAAACAUCAUUACAAAGACUUCAGCAGCAACAAGAUGAAAUAUUUCAGUUGUAG